CCAGCCUGCGGGAGCUGAGGCAGCCAGCGGUCAGUGGCUGGACGGAACUGAGCAGGAGGCUGCCGGUGGGGAAGCAGCAGCAAAAAGAGGCACAGAGUGGAGGCGGAAUGUCCAGCAUCCAGGCGCUGCUGGGCCUCUUGGGGAGCAAGACCCUCGUGGGUUUGAUUGUAGCUGCUGCUGUGGCCCUGCUGCUGCUGCUGCUGCUGCUGGUCACCUGCCUGGACCAUGGUCAGCAGGAGCGUGAUGUGGAGAGGAACCGUCCAGCCGCAGGGGGAAACCGAGUCCUGUGGGCCGGGCCCUGGCUCUUCCGGGGUCGGGGUCGGGGCCGGGGCCCCAUGGGACGCCUGCACCAUCUCCAUCAUCCUGGCCAUGCGUCUCACAUGCCCCAUGCCGGCCUCCACCACCAUCACCUGCACCACUCUCCACACCACCUCCACCAUCACCACCAUCCUCACCGGGGUCGCCGCUGAUGCCUACUCGGGCGAGGCUGCCUGCCCUGCAGUCACCAGAACAAGCAGACCCGGACUCUCAGUGCAGAAGAACCACUCCCUGUGGGGAAGGUGCCCUCGGGAGCUGACUCCUGCUCAGCCUUCAGGGGCAAACGUCCUAUGGAAGCGGAGGACGAGGGAGCCCAGAGGAUGCUUCGGACCUGGUGGUGGUGAGGGCAGAGAUGGUCCUGUGGGGAUGGACGCCAGAAGUCAUCAGGUUACCAAGGUAGAACCGGUCCGGGGAGCCCGUGUGGGCAGACAGACGUGGGUGGACACCUCUCUGCAAACUGCUUGUCUUUGGACUGUCUCCUGAGAUAGGCCUCUGGCCGGUAGGGGGAGCGGGGAGGGGGCAAAUAAAACUCACAAAGAA